AUUCGUAGUUUUGGUCACCUGGCGCCGUGGGUCGUGGUUGGACUGACUGCGGGUAGGAGGAGUACCGGAGGGGGCCGGGCCGGAUAGGCCCCCGCUUGAGACGGGACAGUGGGGACCCGCCGCUCUGGGAAGGUCCGAUGAGUUCCGUGGCUUUUUGCAGGGUUUGCUGUCUUAUCACUUGAAGGCAGAACUCCGGAAAAGUCAGCACGUGCUGGAGAAAGAUGAGUUCGAGCUUGACCGCGAGUCAAGUCAGUGACGCCGAGGCAGGAGCCUGGAUGGCAGCUGAGAAGUCUAGGGUCGCCGCGCCAUCUCUGCGUGAUGGACUUUUGAUAGUGAAAGUGGAGGAAGACUCACCCGGAGGUCGGGAGUCGGACCUGCCCGCGGACUGUCAGGAUUCCGAAAAGUCGCGGCAGCAGUUUAGGCGGUUCCGUUACCAGGAGGUGACUGGACCCGAAGAGGCGCUAAGCCGGCUCAGGGAACUUUGUCGCCGGUGGCUGAGGCCUGAGAUGCAUACGAAGGAGCAGAUCCUGGAGCUGCUGGUGCUGGAGCAGUUCCUGAGCAUCCUGCCCCAGGAGCUCCAGGCCUGGGUGCGGAAGCACUGCCCGCAGAGCGGGGAGAAAGCUGCGGCCGUGGUGCGCGCUUUUCAGAGAGCGCUUGAUGGGGCCUCACCCCAGGAGUUGGUGAAGAUUGAGAAUGUGGCUGUGUCUCUAAACUGUGAGGAGUGGGAGCCUCUGGACCCAGCUCCGAGGGAGUUCUGCUGGGAGAGCGCACAGGAGGAUCAUAGGACCUCAGUCUCACUGGUCUCGCCAAGUUUGGAAACCAGAAACGAGAACAAAGACUUUAUUCCAAAACAAGAAAUUUUAGAAGUAGAGCCUCAGGGGCAGAUACAAGAAGGGUCCCACAGGAAGGCUCCCCCUGGAUGUAGUGAUACUGGUGAGAUAGGGGUAGAAAAGCAGUCAAGAAAUCCCUCAUCAUUGAAACUGGAAAAUUCUCCUGAAGAGGAAGGACUCCCCAGCACCGCAGAUCUCAAGAAUGGUCCCACGGAGGAGGGAGACUUCAGACAUGACCAACUUGGGAACAGGGCCAGAAGUUCAAACUCUGUUCUUUGUCAGCACGUGCAGGCCACAGGGAGGCCCGUCGACCACAAUGACCUGGGGGACAGUUGUACACAGAGUUCAGAGCCGGUAAAGCAUCACACAGUGAAACCUCCCCGCUCCUUUGACAGCGAGGAACAGCUCCACAGUGCAGACCUCUUUAAGACCCAGCGACAGUUCCGUGAAGAAAGGCCAUAUAAAUGCGGGAACUGUGAGAAGAGUUUCAAACAGCGUUCUGAUCUUUUUAAACACCAGAGAAUCCACACGGGGGAGAAACCCUACCAAUGCCAGGAGUGCGGGAAGCGCUUCAGUCAGAGCGCUGCCCUGAUCAAACACCAGAGGACACACACGGGCGAAAAGCCCUACACCUGCCCUAAGUGUGGGGACAGCUUCCGGCAGAGCUCCCAUCUCACCCGGCACCAGAGGAUCCACAUAGGAGAGAACCACUUCGAGUGUCACGAAUGCGGGGAGACCUGCCGUAUUUCCAACCGUUUUAGACAUCAGAGAAUUCACAAAGGGGAGAGACCCUACGCGUGUGAGGAGUGCGAGAAGAGCUUCAAACGGUGCUCAGACCUCUCUAAACACCAGAGGAUCCACACUGGGGAGAAGCCGUACGGGUGUUCUGUGUGUGGGAAAUGCUUCAGCCAGAGUGCAACCCUCAUUACGCACCAGAGGACUCACACUGGAGAAAAACCUUACAAAUGUCUUGAAUGCGGGGAAAGCUUUAGACAGAGUCCACACCUUAUCCGACACCAAAGGAUCCAUAGAAAUAAAGUCCCACCGUUUUGACAUGG